GGAAGGGUGACACGUGGCUAUUGGAGCUGGGCGGAGACAGGGGUGGAGGCACCCGAUGAUGGCAGGGACCGAGAGGAGAACUGACAGCGGAUGAUGUGGGGCAGAAUCGUUCCUUGGCUCUGGUCGGUGAGUCUGAGCCUCGGGCUCAGUGAGGCUUGUACCCCUGGCAGCCGCGCAUGUGAAAAUGCCAGCCUUUCCUCCGUCGACGCGUGGAUCUGCUCCAUGAUUGGCUCUUUGCUUGUGGGUUUCAGCGGCGUCUUCCCGCUCCUGGUCGUUCCUAUCGAGGCCGGUGCAGCUCUCAAGUCUGACGGGGGAUCCAAAAGACUUAAUCAGCUGUUGAGCUUUGCCAUCGGUGGGUUGCUGGGUGACGUGUUUGUGCACCUUCUCCCGGAGGCCUGGGCUUAUACCUGCAGCGCUACCACAGGGAGCUCCCAGUCGCUGCAGCAGCAGAGGCUUCUAGGACUCUGGGUCAUCAUCGGCUUCUUCACCUUCCUGAUCCUGGAGAAAACCUUUUCUGAUGAAACCAAGGAGGAGCGACCGGACGCCGAUCCCGCACCGAGCAAGUCUCCGGUCAGUCUGUCGAAUGGAAAUCACGGCCCGGUAAAGAAACGGGAAGACUCGAAAGAGAAAGCACCGGGCAGCCACAUCAAAGUCAGUGGGUAUCUCAACCUGUUGGCUAACACCAUUGAUAACUUCACCCAUGGCAUGGCCGUGGCAGGCAGUUUCCUGGUCAGUAAAAAGGUUGGAAUCCUCACUACGGUGGCCAUCCUGUUACACGAGAUUCCUCACGAGGUUGGGGAUUUUGCCAUCCUGCUCCGGGCUGGGUUUGACCGCUGGAGCGCUGCCAAGAUGCAGUUAACAACGGCGAUGGGAGGUAUCCUCGGAGCUGGGUUUGCCGUCUGCGCUCAGUCACCCAAGGGAGCAGGCGAAGCGGUGGCCUGGAUUCUUCCGUUUACAUCUGGUGGAUUCCUGUACAUCGCUUUGGUUACUGUCCUUCCGGAUCUAUUAGAGGAGAAGAAUGUACGGAACUCUGUGGUCCAAGUGAUCCUGAUAAGCUGCGGCAUCGCUGUAAUGACCAUCUUGUCAUUAAUUGUGGAAUGACAGGAAGAUCCAAACCGCCCAUUACAGGCUGAAAUUCCCCAAGAACGUUCACGUGGAGUCGGAUAACGUUAUAACGGGCGGUAACACUCAGGCGGUGUCAAUUCUUCCCAUACAUUUUUGGUGCGCUGUCCCUCAUGGUGCGGCCGUUAAUAAACAGGGACUUUACAUUACACACUCCGGGAACCGUCACAUGGGGCAGGGAAGGAAACCUUUGUGGUUAUACUCACUCCUCUUCUCCAGCACUGUCGUGUCGAUGUGUCCAUUCCUCCUGUGUUCUACCCUGAAGCAAACGUUGUAGAGGAAUUUGAUUUACCCUGACUUUGCUCUCUAAAAAAAGGUACUUCUUUCUGUCUGCAACUUUGUAAAACUGUAUCCUUUUUUUUAUGUCUACCUCGUGUUUGUGUCUCCGUCUCUCUUCUUCAUUGUCU